CGGAAAUCCUAUUUGAGAAUCCUGGUAUCUCUGCAGCCGAUAUUGUUUUUCUGUACUUUGAUAAGUUUUGGUUGAAAUCACCGAAAGAGCGUGUAAAACAAAGGUGACAGGUGCAAUCGAUAUCUGAUCUCCACUCUAUGGAUUUGACUCAGCUUCUAUCAUGGGCCUGCAUCGUGUUCACAGUCGGGAUGUUCUCGACAGGACUGACCGACCUGAAGAAAAUGCGAGAAUCCAAAAGUGCAGACAACAUCCAGUUUCUCCCCUUUCUCACCACGUGUCUGAAUAACCUGGGCUGGCUGUUUUACGGCACUCUGAAGAGGGAUCACACCAUUGUCGUAGUGAAUGUCAUCGGAGCUCUUCUCCAAAUCCUCUACAUUGUCAUGUAUUUCCUCUACACUAAACAGAAGCGACUUGUGGUGCUUCAGACUCUGGCAGCAGCAGCAGUGUUGGUCUGUGGAUGGUUAUACUUCACUACCGUUCUAACAGAGGGAGAGGCUCGACUCAAUCAGCUCGGUCUCACCUGCAGCGUGGUCACCGUCAGCAUGUACCUGUCUCCGCUCACAGACCUGGUCAAUAUAUCACACCUACCAUUAAACAUAGUGGUGGUAAUGAUAUGGUCUGGAGCUGCUGGAGGACCUAGAUCUUGUACCAUAAAACAUAGAACCAUGAAUUCUGCUUUCUAGCAGAAAAUCCAGAAGGAGAGUGCCCAGCCAUCAGUUUGUGAUCUUUUGGGAGCAAUUGCAGUUUUAACAUGUUAGAAACUCCCCUGUCGUUCCCCCCCACCCCCAUUUUGAUAAAUAAAUAAUUGAAAACUCCCAUUUUUUUCUCAGCUUAGGCUUGUCUGCAUCUAUGUAUUUAAUAUCUAAAAAGCAUAAAGAGAAGAAAAUUGUAAGGGUGGAAAUGUUGGUAUCUUUUGUAACAUUACCAUCUACUUAAUGCUUAAACAAUGUUAACUUACUGCUUAUUUGAGUGAUGAUUUAAUUCUAAAUUUCAAGGUAAAGAUGUACUUUAACAAAAAAUGUUUUUAGGCUAUAUAUUUUUAAUAAAGAAAAUUGACUCUAUAAACCUCUUAAAACAUUUGUCACAGUCAAUUGUUCUAUUCCUCAAUGAGCACCAGCCAGUCGCAGCUAAGUUCAUAUCCUUGAACUCAAAUCAGACCCUAUGUGCAUCUACAGAUUUGAAGGAAUACAUAUCUUGCUCUUUUUCUUUUUCCUUUCGUCACUUCUCAUAAUGUUGUAGUUCUGUCUUCCAUCCUGUUUGUUUCCUUCCAUCCAUCUGCGUCGAGCUCUGAAAUGACCCCCAGUCAGUUUCCUGCCUUUCAUUCCUCUCUGUUUUCCUGUUGUGCUGAUUCUCCUCUGCUUUGGUGCUUCGUCCACUUGGUAACGUUCUGUUUUUUCCUGACACUCUGCACUGAAAAUACUAACACCAAACUUUUCUUUCAACCUAACCCUCACUAAUCCUAAGAUUACACAACAACACAAAAACAUCAAACAGACAGGAAAUUUCACAAGCAAACUUUUGUUUAGCCUUUGUAAUUGUAAGUUAUGAUGUAACCCACCCUGUAAAUUGGUUACUGAGACUUUAAAUGUAGAUAAAAUCACACAAAUAGACAAGGAUUAGGGUUUAUUGUAAGCAGACAAUUCAACUAGUUUCAGCCAUUUCUUUGAUUCAUUCAAAAGACUUUAAAAGGGAUAAUUAGAAGUAAAAGUAAAGGAGACUACAUGUUACAGCCCUGCAGGUUACUUGAAGACGCACAUAAGAGAGAAAAAUAAAACUAAUUUACCAAAACAUUCUUGCAUUUUAAAAUGUUUUUAGAAAGAAAGCACUAGAAACUGUUGACAGUUGUCUUUUUUUUUUCUUUUUUAUGUUGACUUGAACCACAAUUGUAGGAAUGUUUCACAUGCUGUUGAAUCCUUGCCAACAGGAAUUCGUGCAGACAUGAAGGCAAAGGAUGAAACAUUGUACCAGCUGUUGUGAUCUUAUAGCGGACUAUGACUAAAAAGCCUGAAAAGUACUUUGUCAUUAGUUGUUAAGGCAGGUUAAUAACCUUCCCCCUGGUGUGUUUGAAUUAGCACAGGAGAGUAUAAAACCCCCAAAACUACAACCACAGGUGGUAGAAUAGCCAAAUAUUGUCCUCAAAAGUAGCACUACUUCACUAUAUUUUUACUCAAGAAGUCAAAUGUCGUCAUGCCAAAAAAAAUCUCAAGUAAGUAGUUGAGUUUAAUCUGACUUAAUUUAUGAAAACUGUGUAAUCAUACAGACAAGAUAUAAAAUUCUGUUCAUGAACAUGUAUGUUAUCAUAUAUGCAAGUGAAACAUAUUACAUUUUGAAGUUGGUGUUCCUUCGACUUUCACACUUGCAAUUCAAACUCGGACACACCUUUCUAUAAAUUUGUCUUUCAUCUAUAUUUUUGGAAAUUUAAUCUUUCAAACAACCAGACUGCAUGAUUAAAUUCCAUCCUUCUACCAGUCAGCAGUAGCUCUAAGUCUUGUGACCAAGCAGUUUUAGAAUAAAGAUCUUAAAAUGGUGGUAAUAGAAAAACCAUAUUACCAACUUUCACUGGCAUAGAUAUAAAAUUUGCCUCUGUUGUUUCCAU